AUGGCCACCGCCGACGCGCGUAGCGUUCCCCUCCCCGACCCGCGCCGCCACGACUCGUGUGUAUCGUGUUAUCCUCUUAAACUGACCGGCCGCUCCGCCCGCUGGAAGGAACCCUAGCGCCUUCGGCGUCCUCGUCUCCUGCGUCCGGAGAGACGGCCCCAGGGCGUCCUCCCGGCGCCCCCCCUGCCCGCUGCCGUGCCCCCCGCCGGUCAAGCCAUGGUGAUGAACACGUUCCGGUCCAAGUUGCGGCGCCGCCGCGACGAGCUCUUCCGCCGGGGCUCCGACGACUCGGACGAGUGGCAGUUCGUGCCCUUCAACCCGUCCGUCUACCCCGCCAACAACAACAACUCGUUCUCCAACCUCACCAACAACAACGGCGCCUCCUCCCCCGGGGACGCGGUGCUGCCGCCCACGCCCAAGCCAGCCCUACGGCCAUGGGCCAUGCAGCGGGCGUCGUGGCACGAGUGCCAGCCGCCCGUGCCCCCGCACGGCCAUGGCUCGGUGGUCAAGGGACACUUCCCGCUGCCGCCGUGCCCUGACGGCAACCCCCCGCCCCUGCCCCCCCACGGCUUCGGGUAUCCCGGUUCGGUGCCCAACUGGUACGGCUCUCAGUUCCCCGCGCCGCCAGUCCACUACCCGGCCUCGGUGCCUCCGGGCCAGUCGCGCCCUUCGCCGGUCGUUCUGCGCCGGGCGGCCCAGGUGGCCCAGGUGGAUGAGAGGCGUCCUGAGGCUGGCCCGCGGCCCCCUGCUGAUGGCCUUCGGCCGCCAAGUAGUGGCCUUCCGCUGCCUAGUGAUUUAACACGGCCGCCAAGUGGUGGCCCUCCGUUGCCUAGUGAUAGCCCACGGCCGCCAAGUGGUGACCCUCCGCUGCCUAGUGAAGGGCCAAGGCCUCCUAGUGGUGGCUCUCUGCUGCCGAGUGAGGGACCAAGGCCUCUCGGGAGUGGCCCUCCACUUAUCAGUGAAGGACCUAGGCCUCCUAGUGGUGGCCCAGCCUUUGCAAGUGAAGGCCCCAGGCCUCCUAGUGGUGGCCCUCCGGUUUCCAGCGCAGGCUCCCGGGGAGGGUCGCGUCCUUCGAGCGGAUGCUCCAAGGGAGGCUCCCGUCCCUCGAGCGGAAGUUUUGACGUGAUAGACGGCGUUUUGAUUAGUCCGGAGGGGCCUCCCCCCCAGGUGCCACCCCACGGCCGCCCGGCCGUUCCGCCUCAUCUGGUGAGUCCUCGUAACAACAUGCCACCUGCGAGCUUCUCCACGACAGGUGUCUUGCCCCCGCCGCCAACAGUGCCCAUACCUCCACCACCCGUGCCUGCCCACGCCUCAGAUAUCCCCGACCCGCCUGGCCAGAAGUGCGGCCCAUUCCCUCGAUACUCUCCCAAUCCGGUCCCUGCGUCAGCGUCGCGGCAUUCCCUCUUCCUGGCUGCAGACGAAGGCCCGCGCCAGGAGUGCCCCGCAGCCGUGGGGCUCAGCCUCCGUUCGGCGAAGUGCAGAAGCCGCAUAACCUGAACCUGGACGACCUGGCGGCGCUGCUGGCACCCGGCUACCAGGCGAGCUCCGACCAAGAAGCCUCGCCGGACUCGCCCGAAUACAAACAGCCCGUCGAUCAAUCGCCCGAGUACAAGUCCCCGUGUGAUUCUGGCGACGAAGAUUCUCCAGGUACGGUUGAAACCAGGAGCUGGAAUUCCAGUCGUGCGAGGAACAGAGACAAAGGCGGCAGCGGCGUGGGCGGGCCGGCCUGGGGCAGCGGCAAGGAGCAGCGCCGCUCAGAUCCGGGCACGGUGGGGCUUGGAGCUCGCCAACAAUGGCUCCGAGAACCUCGACGAGUACGGCUCGCCGGACUCCUCCAGCACCAACGUCUGCUCCACCGACAGCGCUGAUGUUGACGCGGAGUCAGGCCUCAUCUCGGGGAACUCGGGUAGUUCCUCAAACUCAAGUCUUUCACCAAGCCAGGAGAGUCCGAGCACGUCCCUGGAGCACGUGUCUCGGGCGGACGUGCCCCUGCCCGCGCCCGUGCUGGAGAACGACUCCGACAUCGAGGCGGAGCUGGACCUCCCCAACUGGCAGAAACUAGUCUCGCACGACCAAAUCAAGCGACUCAAGCCCAAGGAACGCAAGAGGCAGGAUACUAUAAAUGAAUUGUUCCACACUGAACGGACGCAUGUACGGGUCCUGAAAGUUUUAAAACACCUCUUCCACCUGCCUAUGCUGGAGGCAGGAAUUUUAUCCAAAGAGCAGUCUGAAAUGCUUUUCCCUAAUAUUGAACAAAUCCUGGAGAUCCACACAACCUUCAACCAGGCGAUGAAGAAAAGAAGAGAGGAGGAGCCGCUCGUCAUCAGAGUUGGGGAUCUUCUUGUUAAUAUGUUUGAUGGAGAGCAAGGAGAGCACUUUCAGCAACAGGCGGCAGAAUUUAUUCGGAUGCAGGGUAUAGCUUUAGAGAACCUUAAACAGAAGCAGAAGAGAGACCAGAGACUCUCAGCAUUCCUCCAGGAGCAAGAAAACAACCCAGCAUGCCGAAGACUUCAACUCAAGGAUAUGCUGCCUGCGGGCUUCCAGAGGUUAUCAAAGUACCCUUUAUUGAUUGAGUCUCUCUUAGCAUAUACGGACAGUAACAAACAACCAGAAGAAUAUGAACAAAUAUCUCGAGCUCUGGAAAGAUCAAAGGAGAUCCUAGCCUAUGUAAAUGCUGCAGUUCAAGAAGCAGAAAAUAACCAGAAACUAAGUGAGAUACAACGGAGACUUGACCAAUCUUCCCUUGCAAAGAACAAGCAUGGACACUCUGAUGAGUUAAGAGGCAAUCUGGACCUAACUAAACACAAGCUCAUUUAUGAGGGUCCCUUGACCUGGAGAAUUGCUAAGGGCCAGAAGAAUAUAGAUCUUCAUGUACUUCUUCUAGAUGAGUUUAUAGUUCUUCUACAAAAAGCAGAUGACAAAUAUAUUUUGAAGAACCACUCCAUUAACAAGUCGCUUGGGAAAGACGACAACAAAUUAACUCAUUCUCCAAUCAUCAAGUAUGGACCAUCAAUGCUCUUCCGAGCUGUGGCAACAGACCGAUGUGCAUUCUUCAUAGUCACGACCCAGUCGGGGGGAGCGCACAUCUACGAGCUGGUCACCAUAUCUGCAAAUGAACGGAAGGU